AAACAAACCUUGUCAGUUUUCACCGUAUAUAUCCACACCACCCACGGGCUGUUCCUUUGACAUUACUCUCUUUCAGUUAGACCACAAACCAAAGCAACAAAGAAGGCAAAGGUUAUGCCAUUAAAGAGAGGAGUUUAGAGAGAGAAAGAGAGGAAGUUUUAGAGAGAGAGAGAUCAUGCGUCUCUUCUGAUGAGAGUACUAACAAAGAACAUGAGCCUUCUACUUUUACACCUAUCCUAUUUCUCAUCCAUUUAGGAGAGAAGCUUGCCUUUUGCUCUCUCUCUCUCUCUCUCUCUGUUAUUCAUUUGAUUUCUUGGGUUUUGCAGCAGUUAGAGAUGGCUGUUCAGGCACAGUUGUAUUCUGAAAAUCUGGGUUGGCUUACGAGCUCUGUUUUGGGGAUUGAAGAUGGAGCUAAUUUCAAUUUUCAAGAGCACCCACAACACCAAGUGUUUCAAUCCAUUGGUUUUAAUAGUUAUAAUAAUCAAGGGGCUUCUUGUUCAUCGAGUGUUGAUCACAACUGUCCAACAAUGGAGUUCUCUCUGUCUUUGGCUGCCGAGCUCGAGAAGCAGAGGCAAGAAAUCGACUGGGUUCUUCGUUUGCAGAGUGAGAGACUGAGGACUACUCUUCAGGAAGAAACAAGGCAACAAAUUGGGGUUCUGCUGAAGCGAUACGAAGCGAAAACGAUGAGUUUGAUGUGGGAGAAAGAGGAAGACUUGGUGAGUGCGAAGAAGAGGACAAUGGAGCUCGAGGAGUGCUUGAGAAGGCAAGAGCUGGAGAUGGAAGUGUGGCAGAGAAUCGCGAAAGAGAACGAAGCGACGGUCACGAAUCUCAAUACAGCUCUCCAACAAGCGAGAGAGAGAGUCUCUCUCUCCUCCCCAGAUGCGGAGUCGUUCUGUGAUUCAUCUAAUUACAGAGUAGUAAACAAUGAGGCAGAACAGAGCAAAACAAUGGCGUGCAGGCUCUGCAAUGCUCGAAGCUCGUGCAUUGUGUUCUUGCCCUGUAGACACCUCUGUUCUUGCAAGCUUUGUGAAGCUUUUGUUGGGUUUUGUCCUGUUUGUCAAUCUUUAAAGAAAGCUAGUGUGGAGGUUCUCUUGGCUUAGCCAAGAAGAAAAAGGUAAACAGAGACUAGAAAAGGGACAAAAAAAAAAAAAAAAAAAAUCUUUGGUUUCUACGUAGUAAUGUAUUGAAAAUGGUGGUUCUUUUUUGGUCUUUAGCUUCUCAGUCAAUGGUGACCCAAAUCAAUGGAUAUGAAUGAUGAUAUAUACUACUAUACCAGUGAAAUAUCAGUGUAAAAGAAGAAAUAUGCUUUUUCCUUUUAUGGGUUUAUUGAUUUUUAUUCCUGAUUAAGAUUUUGUUACUUUAUGAGAUUGUUUUGAUAUUUUUGGGGGGUUUUCUGGGGAAAUGUCAGGUCUAUUAGCUGUAACAGUAUGCUGGAUAGGUGGCAGAAAAGAUUUGAGAGCCAGAGUUUAUGGACCCUGCAACGGCUACCUUAUAAAGUUGUUGUCCCUCUCCAGCCUCCUUCCAAGAAAUCCGUACAGUCCAGCUCACAGAUAUAUACUGUGUGUGUAUAUAUAUAUAUAU